AGGCCAUGCCUCAUAAAUAAAAUCAAAAUGUCGGACAAAAGUAGGAGGCGAAAGUCAAGGGAAUCCGGAGAUUCGGAAAAAUUAUCGGAAGAUUCAUUUGAGGACAAUGAAAUUACUAAAGGAUCGGAGGAAGAAGGUGAGCAAGGUGAACCGAAUGCAAAUACUGAAGGUACACGAGAAUCCGAGUAUGAAACCGUGGACGAUGGUACAGAAUCUGAUGAUUCGACUGCUGUUGAUGAGGAAGACGACGACGACGAUGAUAGUGUAAUUAUAGAAUACGAGAGAGAAGAUGGAGAUGGCCAGGAAAGCAUCCCUCUGAAAGAGAAGAAGCUGGAUGAUGAUGAGGAUCGGAGAAAUCCUCAGUAUAUCCCUAAACGCGGCACAUUCUAUGAACAUGAUGACAGAACAGCCACUGAAGAUGUGAGUGGUGGCGAAACGAAUGAAAAGGAAGCAGCAGAUCGUGCAUCUAAAGAGGGUCAAGGAGCUGGUGAUUCAAAAGCUAAGAAGGUAUGGCGUGAACAUGAGACCCGUUGGAACCAUGAUCGCUAUAAUGAAGAUGAGCAGACACCUAAAUCAUGUGAAGAAUUGAUUGCUAUAUAUGGUUACGAUAUCCGUAAUGAAGAGGGUCCUCCACGUGCUCGGAGGAGGAGAAGAUAUGGGCGAGGUCCCAAUAAGUACACAAGAAAUUGGGAAGAUGAAGAUGCAUACAGCAAACCCCAGAUAUCUGCCUUGUCUACAAGGGGAGGGCGACGAGGUGGACGACGGGGAGGGACCAGUCAACCUCAACAUUGUGAUUCAGAACAUCAAGAAGAGUUUCCACCACUUAUAAGUAACAGACAAGAAAACAAUGAGAACAGUAGCAGUUCUGUAGAUCAAAAUCCAACAAUACAUGGCUCAGCUUACAGUAAUCGUGCUGUGGCUGGUAGAAAACAUAACAAGGAAAACCGAAGGAGGAACACAAAAUCUCACCAGGAUGCCUUCCCUCCAUUGGAAUCUGAAUCAUAUCAUAUCCUAGGUUAUCCUGUUUCCUCUUCAGGAAAUCAGGAGUCAUUAAACAGAGCUGAAAUCAGCACAAAUAAUAAUAAUAAUAUUACAAACAAGAGGGAAGAAAAUGGUGGUGUCUCAAACUCAUCGACAGCCAGACGAGUACAUCACGAUACCCGUGAUGGCUCCUUUACAGAUGGUUGGUCAAGAGGCAGUCGAGGUCGUGGACGUGGUAGAAGUAGAGGUAGAGGUAAUGGUGGGACAGAUGUUGUUGUUGCUGGGAAUGCAGUGAAAAGUCGAAGUAGCACCAGAACCUCUUCUGAAACAAGAUUGCCUUCAGACUCUGUGCAACCUCAGCAUCAUGAUGGUGGCAGUGAUACUGCUCCCUCAACAGCUCAACAGUACCACCACAUAAAUUCUGAUCUUCCUCCAGCCAGCCUUCAGGGUGCAAACAGACCUCAAGAUGAAGUGAUCAGAGAAUAUUCCCAGCAUAGCAACAGUAAUUUUGUGUUUAAUUCCACUGCUUCCAAAACAUUUGAUGGUUUCAGUGAAGUGGGAAUUUUUGGGGGCCACUAUGAACUCUCAUUACAAAGGACUUUACUAAUUGUCAAGGAAUGCAUCCUGUUGUNGCCUGAGUCUGGAGCAACUUAUGCCCAGCCACCUCCCAGUGCUGCUUACUACCAACCUGUUGGUGAGAUAGAGAGUAGUGACAGUGCUACAAAUCGCCCAAAGCGUUACUCAACAAUACGAUCCUGUUCAGGGGCAGUUUACACACAGCCAGAUCAUGCAUCAACAUAUUAUCAGCCUGCUGGUUAUGUGACACAGCAACCUGUGUAUGGUGAUACACCCCAGGAUCCACAAUCAGCUGGGACACCACCUCUUCAGCUGUUGCCUCCACAUGCUCACCCACCUGCUCCAGCAUAUGCUGCACCAUUUCCAUCACCUACAGCAACUUUUGUUGCUCCUCCAGCUCCACGUAUGUUACCCCCUGGAGCAGGAGCCCCUCCCACAUUUAUUCCAGCCCCUACACCAGGUACACCUAUUAUCAAUUAUGUAGCUACCCCACCAACAUAUACAGCCUUUCAGGGAUAUACAACUGUGCCAGCUCCAGGACCCCCUCCAGCUGAGUUAUAUCAACCGCAAGGGGGUAUUACAUACUACAACACGGAAGAACAGAAUAUAGCUCCACGUCCAGUUACACAGAAAAGGCAGAGAAGUGCCAUUCCCAUAGUUCCGCCUCCAGAACGUACCCCACGUGGACGUGGCAGGACCAUCCGGGAAGAGGUUUCCCCUGGUAAAAUAGGGGGUGCAGGAGACUCACACUCUGUCCCACCCCCUGCUGCUCCUUCACCACCAGCCACAGCCAGUUUUGAAGAUGCAGUCCCAUCCAGUUCUGCUAGCCCAGCAGCUACAAAAGUGGCAUAGAGGUACUAAAAGAACAUUAGGAAAUAAAAAUUAUUGUAUUUUCUUUAUCAGGUGGGUAGUUCCAUUGUUAAAUACAUAAAUAAAUUAAAAGUAUUCUCAGGAUAUGUGUAAAGUUCUGUUUUGGUUCAUGUUUCAUCUUUGCCCAUAAAAUAUUUGUGGAAGAGCUGGUAUAGGGAAGAAACAAAAGUUGGGAGGAAACAUUAUUACAGUUCUCUGCAUGCUUAUUUCCACAUUCCACUCUGCUGAUAACAGUAAUUGAAAUUACUACUAUGAGGUGUAUGUUGUUGAAGAGAUAAAUUACUUUUGCUUUAAAAGUAAAAUGCUUUCUGAAAUGAGAUGUUGGCACCUCUGUAAUGAAACACUUGUGACCAUAUUUUUCUUGCAGUAUGUAAUUUCUUCGUUCUGAUCAUUGACUGAAUGUUUCUUUCCAAUUUAUGAUUCCUGUGUUUUGAAUAACAGCCAAACACUACAUGUCAACAACUCUUAAAAAUACACAAAACAGUAUACAAGACGGCAUACAAUACAGUCCUUUGAUCAGUCCCUGUGCCAUAGCUUGCCAACCAUGGAUGACAACUCCCAACAAUUUAAUAUAAAGCAAUAAAUAUACUUAACCACCAAAACACAAGUCAGCCAUGCAAAACAAAACACAUGUUUAGUGAAGAUAACAGUCCAAAGACCAUCUGUAUACGUCUGUAUCAUAUCAAAACUAACUCAAAUUACCAAACUAUCGUCUUAUCAUUGUUUCUAAAAACUCUUGUGGAGAAUAAAAACAGAGUUGUAAUAAAUAACUUUAUAAUUUAUUUUUAAGAACCUUAUACUUUUCUAUUCUGUUUAAUUCAGAGCGUAAGUUAUUAUGUAUUUUUAUUCCCAUGUUAAUUACACUUUUUUACAAUGAGUAGUGUUGAAUAAUUGGACAUACAAAUCCUGUUUCCAUUUUGUGUUAUACUUAUGAAUAUCAGAAUAUUUAUUCAUAUAGAUCUUACUCUUUUUUUGUAUAGCGCAAGAUCUCAAAUAUGUAUAAUGAAGUUAACAGUUAAAAUGUUAAAAUCACCAAACAAACUUCUGCAAGACACCCUGUUAUUAAUUCCUUUAAUAAGUCUUAGACCUUUAUUCUGUAUUUUAAAUACUACAUUACUGUCAUUUACCCCCCUCCCCAAAAAAAUAUAUAAUUCCAUUUUUCAAUAUAGAUUUCAAAUUUUGUAAAAUAAAUAUUUCUUAAUACAGGUAUACUUACUGAGCCAUGUAAGGAUUUAAUCAAAGAGCUUUGUUUAAGUUUUGGCAAAGGUAUUGUAUAUGAGUGACCCGGCUUAAGUUUUCUGUGAUAUAAAUACCUACAAAUUUUAAAUUUGAUAAAUGAGUUAUUUCUUUGUUAUUUAAAUACAGAACGUGUCUAAGAAUUGUCUAAGAAUUAAUCUACAUUCUCCCCUCAAAUAGUAUUGGUUUGGUAUUUUCCAUAUUUAUUAUAAGAUUAUUUGUCAAGAACCAAUUUUCUAAUUGUUUCACAACUUUUACGAUAUUCCUUUUUAAAGAUUUGAGAUUUUUCUCAGUGAGUAAUAUAUUGUGUCAUCCGUGAAUAACACCACCUUAGCUUCUUGAAAACCUUGGGGAAAAUCAUUUAUAAACAACAAGAACAAAAGGGGUAUCAAAACAGAACCCUGAGGUACACCAUAUUUUAUUUCUUUACAUGACGAAAUAUUUCAAGAAUUAAAAAAAAAAUGGCAAGACUAAAAGUGGUCCAUAAUUGGAAAUUUCUUGUUUCCCUCCUUUUUUGUGAAUAGGCCGAAGUUAUCAAAUUUUGGAAGGUUCCAGAACAUAAUGAAAUGUUAUAUAUAAAGGUUAUUGGUUUUUUAAUAAACUUAAUACUCUCUUUUACUAACUUUCUGGUAUUUCGUCAUAGCCCACUGAAACUAUAACUUUUAGUUUACUAGUUACAUUUAAUACCUCAUCUUCAGUAGUUGGUGCAGAAACCAUGGAAUUUGAAUGUAAUAUUUUAUUACUAACCAAAUUUACAAUCCUGAUUUUGAUUGAACAUCCUCUCUACAUUCUCUGUGAAAAAAGCAUUAUUUGCUAAAUCCGUGACUGAAUAAACAGUCCUUGGGAAGAGUUAUUUUACACAAACAGUGAAGUGCAUCUUCUCAAUUUAUGUAUGGAGAAUAAAAACAUGCGGAUGGAUGCAUAGAACAGUUUGUGCUGUUAUUAAGAAACAUUGUUUUUUGUUAGAUUAAGUAUACUCUUUUGUAAGGACAGGUAGCUUAGUAAUUUGUGAAUGAAGUAGAAGGCAAUGAUCGUUAUUUAAUUAUGCUGUAUGUGAACGAAUUACAGUGGUGCUUCCAAAUCAGUGUGCAGUCAUUGCAGGUUUCAAUGUCUCAUGGAGGAGAGGACAUGAGGGGUGGCACUAGUUGAUUGGUUUGAGACGUAGGAUUGCAUAUGCAAUGUUUUUGGUUCUUACAGUGGUGACUAUAAAAAUUUCUGUCUUCUAGGGUGCAACAGCAAGUAGUCUGGUAAAGUUACCAGUGGUUUGGAAGAACCUGCUGCCUCCAUCUAUUGAGUAUCCUGAACAAGGAAGCAGUAGGUUCCUCAAAAUGUUUAUAAUGAUCUACCAGGCUACACAAUGUCACAUCCCAGAAAACAACAAUUUUCAGGAUUGAAUUUUCUUGCAAAAGUAAGAUUUACUAGCUACUACCAUAAAUCUCUCAUCAGCAUUGUAAGAUGUAGGAUAACACUACAUAUCACAAAAUGAGAUCAGUUUUAUUAAGUUUCUAAUCCAAAAUAAUGUAUACCACUAUCACCAUGACUGCACGUUUUGUAACAAAAUGCAUAUAUGCAUGAAUUCAUGCUGUAAUUUUCUAAUGCAUGUGCUGUUAUAUUAAAUUGGGACUUAGCAGAAGUUUUGUGGAUCCUCUGAGUAACUCACAUAUUCAGAACGUUUCUUUGUCUCAACAUUAAAGCAUUUUCACCUGAACAGAGUAAGUGAGCAACAAGAAAUGGGGCCUUAAAUGAUCAAAAGUAAUGAUUUCCAAUCAUCUACGCUAGCAACUUCUGGAUGAAGGUAUACAGUAAAAACUAAGGGAUGUUCUUGGGUUUGCAUGUGAAAAUAAUACACAUUUAUGGAGGAAAUUAUAAGAACUGUAAUGGGAAAACUGCUUUGCUAGUCUGUAAAUGUAGUAUUUUGUGGUGGCCCUUUUCUCUUGGUUUCAGAUUAAAAUUUUACGUUUUCUUUUAGAUGAGUAUUGAAUGAAUUUUUAAGUAUGUGUUAUUAAAGUCGCAUUUUGAGAAUUUCUUCUUAAUAUGCGAUUGUAGCAUAUGUUGUUGCAUUUUAUAAACAAUCUGCAGUUCUUUGCCAGCGCAUUCAUGUGCGUAUGCAUGCACACAGAUUUAUAUUUAUCUGGAAGAUAAAAAAUAUGCCAUCUGGUUGCAGUAUAAAAGAAGCUGUGAUCAAUUGGAGCUCCACAGUCAGUUUAGUUUCUUUCAGACCACAACUUAGAUUAUCUUGUUUUGUCUGACAGUGGACUGAUUCUGUACACUUUUGAAACUACUUUUGAACUGUUUGUUUGGAAGUAGAAUGCUAGUACUUUUGCGUGAAACUUGAAGAUAGUGUUUGUGCGAGGUACUUCAAUAACUUUUUGCUGGAGCAAAUCUGCAUCAUAUGAAUUUGACUGUUCUUUGACUUGGAAUCUAAUAAAGACUAUAUGUAACGUAAAGAAGAUGAAUAAAUGGUUAUAGCGUAAACUGUACUUAGCUGAGAAUUCUACACAAUAAUAAAUGAAACCAAGUUCAUAAUUAGGCUUAUUAUAUAAAUGCUUUGUUUUCAAAAAAGUGAUCCAUAGUUCAAAGUAUGGCUUUGCAGCAGACAUCCACCAUGAGGAAAUCAGCAAACACAAGAGCAAAUUUAUGUAGAAACAUAAAAUUAUUAUAAAUAUGAACCAGGAUACAGGAGUUGGUAUAGUGACUGGCUACGGGCUG